ACCUGAUGUCUGGCAGUUACAGGGAGCUGUGACUAGGCAGAGGGUGCUCAGGAGCUCCUCUGGGGCCCUUCACCCCAAAGCAGCCAACAUUGUGUGUGCAGGCUGGACUGACAGAUCCAAAAUGGAGAAAGAUGAGCCCCCACAGCUAAUGACCCCUAAGUCAGUGGAAGGCAUUGUCUCAAGGAUUGAGGCUGCCCAGCUAGCUCGUGCCCAGGAGGAUAUUUCUUCCCAGCUCUCAGACAUUUUGGACAAUGUCGACGGUGUCAUCAACCGCUUCCAGCAAGAAUUAGGAUAUGAUUUAAAAGAACAGGCAAAAUCUCACCAGAUGGAACAAAAGAGCAAAAGCCGAUUCCUAUUACUAGAAAAAAUUGCUUCCCUCUCCAAAGAUGCUAAGACUAAAGAGAAGCACUUGUGUGAAAUGCUCCACUGGCUGGAUGACUGGGGUGACAGUCUGACCCAUGAGAUCAGGAACAGGAAGAGUGAGGAAGAAGAAGAAUCCCUGGACAAAUGGAUCCAGGUGAUGGAGAAAAUGUUACCUCUCUCCCUCAUCACCACCAAAGGAGGCAUCAAGUCUCUCAUUUCUCUUUGCUCUACUCUUAUUGAAAGACAAAAGAAAAGGGCACAAAUGGCCAAACACAACUUUUGGCAGGACUGGCAGGAAAAGAGCCCACAAGUAUCUGUGCUUUUCCAUCAGCCACUGAGCCCAGAACAGAUGCUCCAGGACAAGCAGACCACCUGCACAAGGGUCUCUGAGGUAAAGUCUAUGCUGCAGGAGCUUCUGGAUUCCCCUUUGUUCAACCAAGGGGAGGUCAGGGCCAUCAAAUACAUUUCUACUAUGAUGGAAAACCUCAAUAAGGCCUUCAUCCUCCAGCACCAGGAGAAUAGAAGCCUUGAGACCAAAUACAGGUGGCUGAAAAUCGAGAUGACCAAGGAGCUCAGCAGCCAGAGACUAUACUUUCAGAAGUCCCUCCACAACCUCGAGAAGAAGAGGGAUGCCCUACUAAGCCAAGUAGAAGUUCUAGAGAAAAAGUACCAUGACCUUCUUCUGUUAAACCAUGCCUCAGAGUUCCAGCUGAAGAAGACUCAGUCUGCUAGAGAUCAAGCAAAAGAUCUAGGUAAGAUCUUGGAUGACUCCCUGGUCUUCCCUGAGAAAGAGACUCCCCCAAAGGAAGAAAGAGUUAUGGAGGACACCCAACAGGAACCCAAGAAGGAGAAGCAAUUAUUUUCAUCACUCUCACCAAGUCCCAUGCCAAUGGUCUGGGAUGGUGGUGUUAGGCCUUCAACAUAUCAGCCACUUUCCAUCAUGACCACGUGUUUAAGGAUUGCAGAUGUGUACAGCAGCAGGUGCACUGAAAGUUGUGAGCCCCUGUUGCUGUCCUCGGUGGAUCACAAGUAUCCUAAGAAGUGGGAAACACUGGAGGCAGAGAAUCCAGACCACAAAGAUCAAGACCAGAAGGAUUUCUUCCAGGGAGUAGCCCAGGAGAAGGAAAGAUUCCAAAUUAAGUCCCAUUUUAGAGAGCAACUCUCCCCAGAGAGUCCUGAGAAAGUGGCCGUCCAGAGCGACGUGGAGCCCUGGGAAGAGGAGCUCAGCGGGGAGGUGCAGAAGCAGCAGUGGCUGGAAGCAGAGAUUUGGCAGCAGAGACUGAAGAAGGGGCCCCUGCUGGAGCAGGAGCACCAGGAGAAGCCACAGCAGCCGGCAGUGGAGGGGGUGGCCAGGGAGCAGGAGCAGAGAUUAGUCCAGCCUGGAAAGGAGCAAAGGAACCCAAGGAAGGAGCUGGAGAGGCCAAGGGAGAGCACGGAGAAGAUGCUCUUCAUGCCCACCAAGCGAUGGACGGACUUGAAGGCAGAGCCACCGUUGGCACCUCCCAGAAGACGGGCCCAAUCUGCUGGCCAAGGAAGGAGGGCACCCUUGCGCAGGCCCUGUAGUGCCGUGCAGACAGCCCCGGGGAACCAGAGGACCAAGAGUUUAUCUGAGCUUACCCAGAAACCACAGGCCCACCAGAUUCCCGCAAGACCCAAAAACUCAGCCUCCCUUCCUGCCGGGGGGACAAUCCCCCAAAAGGUGACCCAGCCCUCUUUGCACAUAACCCCAAUAACGCUUAAGGGAAGGGUGUACCACAUGGACACCAAGGCCCAGAGGAAGAACCUGCAGCUCCUGAGUGAGAAGGCUGGGCUGGAGCUGCCCUACUACCUGCGCAGCAAGGCCCUGGAGCUCACCACCACCGCCAUGGAGCUGAACGCACUCAGACUGCAGUGUCUCUGCCGGAAGUACACCUGCUACCGACACUUCCAGAACCUCCGACAAGAAGUGAUCGAUCACAUAAAAGUCAUGCGAGAAACCGGGGCUCCUGACAAGAUCCAAAACCUCUACAUCUUUCUGGAAAACAUUGACCACCUAGAGAACCUGCAGCUGCAGGCCUGGACAGACAAGCAGAAGGCCCUGGAGGAGACGCGCCAGGAGUGCCUGAGCGGCAUGGCGAUCAUGUUCCCCAAACUCCAGCUGGAAUGGAAAAUUCACCUGCACACGCCUCUGGUCACCUCCCCAAAGUCUAGGAAAAGCAAGCAGCCCCCAUCCUUGACCCAGGGCAUCCACCAUAGCAGCGCCUCUGGCAAGCAGCUCCAGGAACGCUUUCCAUCAAAAGAGGCCAGCCAACAGGGAAAUCGGAUGAAGGCCAUUUGGAAGACUGAUGUAGCCUCUUCCAGUCACCCAAUAGAAAAGAAGACACCCGUCAACCUGUCCUGGGACCAGCCAGGGGGGCACCCAGAUAUUCCCCAGCUGUUGGCAGUGGGUGUGCGUGCCUCGGGCGACAAAAGCGUGAUGUCUCCCACUGCCAGAGACCCAAAGAAAGCAAAGCCAGGAACCCCCAGAUGAGUCAGCUGAACUUGUUUGCAAAAAAGUCAAGUGAGUGCUUUCCUGGAACCCUAAAAAGCCAGAAGAAUCAAGAUAAUCCCAGUCUCUGUGAUCCUCAAACUUCAUGGUAACUAAAAACCACACAAGAAAUUGUUCCAAAUGCAGGUCUCCAGCUGUUGUUUUUAAACAGACACUCUGGAUAUUGUUAAAUAGACCUAGAACUUUGAAAGACAUCACUUUCCUCUUUCAAUCUACAAACUUUAUAUUUUUA